UCACUGUUCACUUUUCAUCCAAACAUGCAGCAAAAACACUCUUUGGUUGACAGGAUGGCUGCAGCGUCGCAUCCAAGCCCUCUGGCCUUCAUCACCCUCCUCUUCGUCCUCUCAGGUGGCCCACUGCUGUCUGUCUCCUGCUUUAAGGUGAUGGAGGGGGGCGUGGCCUCUCUGUCCUGUCAGUACUCGGUGAAUCGGUUCGGGCUGAGUCGGGUCUGCUGGGGUCGAGGCUGCGGGACCUUCUGGUGCAGCAGCAUCCUGGUGCAGACGGAUGAGAACGGGGUCAUCUCCAAGGCUGACGACAGGUACCGGCUCACGGGGGACGUCCUGGAUGGACAGAUGGACCUGGACAUCCUCAAUGUGAGGCGGACAGACAGCGGGCCGUACUGCUGCAGGGUCGACGUAGACGGCCUGUUUAACGACAAGAAGGUGAUCAUGAACCUCAGAGUGGUCAAAGCUCCAUCCACCAAUCCUCCUCGGAAAACUACAACCACAGCCAUGACAACAGCCAGAGCCACCGAGCCGAGGCUCGCUGAGCUCUCCACAGAGCCGACAACCACAGUAAACUGGAGAACCCUGCAGUCGUCUCAGCGGGUCCCUCUGAGGAGCAACUCCACUCAGCUGCGCUCUGACGCCAUCACUGCGGAUGAUCCUCUACCUUCGCUGUCUCUUCACAUCAAUGCUCCCGUCCUAUCGCUGUCCCUCAGCGUUCUGCUGGUCAUCGCUGCUGUUUUCCUCUUCCUGGCCUUUAAACGUGGGAUCUACAGAGGAGCUUUAAAGACACCCUGUUUGUCCUCUGAUGAACCUCCUCACAUUAUCUAUGAGAUCCGCAUGAGAAGACCCGUUCAGGAGAACAUCUACACCUUGGACUAGAGUGCUGAGAGACAGCAGACAGACUGUCCUGAUCCAGCAUGGACUUCUUCGUAUCUCAUCAGAAAACCAUUCUUCUGUGGUGUGGUGAUAAAACCCAUGUGCAAAAACAAGCCAACUCCUAAAAACCCUGGUAGACAAUCCACCAGAGGUCCAGAGGACUGAUUUGUGAGCCCAGGAUUUUAUAUGAGAAACUCUGGCGUAUUGGAUUGUAAUCUUUAAGGCUGUGAUCAAGACUAAAGAAAAGAUGUUAAAUCAUUUACCCAACCUGAGCUGAAACAGAGCUUUACUUUGUUGUUUACAUUCUGUAAAUCGUUGUUUUUUUAUUAAAAGUAAGGCUGAUCACUAUGACACUACUGGCAGGAAAAAUAACAAAAUGUACCUAUGCUGCAUUCGCUGAUAUGUUAUAAAGGCUUAUAUCAAUACUUUUGCUGAACUUAGUGUUUGUUUUAUAGGGAGUUUUUCCUCUCCACUGUUCCUGCAAGCAUGCUUAGUAUGAGGGAUUGCCUUCGAGUCAAUGAGUCGAUGCAAUCAACUGGUUUUCCUUAGAUAGAAAACUUUGAAUCAA